AUGUUGCGAACCGGCCGAUUGAUGUUGAGAGACGUGGAGGAUGUGGAGAAGCGUUGGAUGCUGGAGUACUGGCGGCCGUUGGGUCGGAAGGAGUAUGACGUGUUGGCGUCGCGUGUAGAACGGGGUCCGGGUGUGGAGCAGGGUCCGGGUGCAAAUUUGGCGGUGAGCAACCUCUUGACUCGAACCCGGGAUGUGAAGGUUGGGCGCGAGGGCUCGUCUUCGGGGACGAUGACGGAGGCGUCGAAUCCCCAAGUUUUGGACCAGUCGCCGUGGCCGGUGUACGUGCCUACGUUGAGCGUGCUCACGUGGCUUGCGAAGCGACAUCGGCGGCGGACGAGACCGAGUGUGUUUAAUGACAAGUUCUUGGCGUACCGCGCGCUCCACGAUUCGAUUCCAGAGCCCGUCUGGUGGCGAAUGCGCACCGUCGGCCUCGAACACUUCGCCAGGUGCGCGCUAGCCUAUGUGGAGCUCGGGGCCAUUAUCUCCUACUACUACCUGUCACCGUACGGCUUGGUAGGCUCCGACGUUGGGAAGUACGUGGCGAAACAACUUCGCUCCAAUCUCGGUUCCCGCAAACCCCGCAACUGGAUCGUGGGCUGUCUUCUACAGCACGCACAGGCUCCCCUAGAAAAACUGAUCGAGUUCUGCACCGCACAACUAGAGUUUAACCCCGCACCACCAGUACAAAAUAAUCGACAGCUCGAGUGCAUCAAGCGCAGCGCAUCCUACUUCGCACGCCGUGGCACAUGCCCCAAGAAACUACUUCGUAACAACCUCCGCAACCUCCCCACCGUCACGAUCGCCGAAUUCGCCCUCAUCAAAAGUGUAUCCGUUGACGGCAAAUCAAUCGCGACGACUCCGGCCCGAUCGCCUUCCAAGGCCCGGAGACAAACCAACGCUGCAACCAACGCGGCGGGAACCAGGGCGACUGGAACGGGCGCCGAAGAGCCGGCCAUCAAAAUGGGCUUUGAGGCGGUAUACAUUAAAGAGGAACCGUGGGACGAGGAACCGUGGGGCGAGGAACCGUGGGGCGAGGAGCCGUGGGACGAGGAGCCGUGGGACGAGGAGCCGCACAAAAUGGCUGGACCGGGCGCGGAAGAGCCGGAGACCAUGAUGGACUUUGAGGCGGCAUGCAUUAAAGAGGAGCCACAGGAUGAGCCGGCUCAAGCACAGUUCGAAAUGGUACGGCCCAAGAUUGAGGAAGUGUACGUCAGGGGCGAACCCGAGAAGAUAGUUAAGCGUUUCAGGAGGGUGGUGGAAGGCUAG